AUGGUUUCGUAUGAAAUUGUAGAUUUUUUCCGUGUUAAGGACAUUGUCAACUACAGACUCAAAUUCCAAGUUCCUCUCUCGUAUUCUGGGGUUGAAAUUCCCGGUUGCACUGUAAAGGAAAUAUAUGUUGUAGCAAAUAUCACCCAGAAGUAUGAUGAAAAGUUGCACGAUGUCCGCGUAUUUCCAGAAGCUAAGACGAAUUUGGUUCUACCAGAAAAGCCCAAGAUAAUCUGCUAUGUUCAAGGUGGUCCCGGGUUUCCCUGUGGUGUGCCGUUAUCGAGUACUGCCUUCACCAAGGUCUUGUUGGAUAGAGGGUACCAAAUUCUCUUUUUGGAUCAAAGAGGAACAGGCCUUUCUACACCCUUAGAAGUGGGUACUUUCAGCCAUUUACUUCCACAGAUAAAUGGCGAACUGAAGGAAGAAUAUGCUUCUAGACAGUUAAAGUUUAUCGUCAACUUCAGAGCCGAUUCUAUAGUGGAAGAUUACGAAUUUGUGAGAAAAGCAUUGGGCAUUGAAAAAUGGUCGCUAUUAGGGCAAUCGUAUGGGGGAUUCACGUCAUUCACCUAUUUGUCCAAAUAUGAUACUUCAUUGAAGGAAGUGUUGGUCACUGGUGGUGUUCCUCCAAUCAACUUCUCACCGGACGAUGUUCAUUCGGCAACCUAUGCCCGAACCAGAGAAAGAAACGAACAUUAUUACGAUAAAUACCCUCAGGACAAACUAAAAGUUAGAAAUAUUCUCACGUAUCUCUCCAAAAACAAAGUCACUCUUCCUAACGGUGGCAAUUUGAGCGUAGAACGUUUCCAGCAGUUGGGAUUGUUGUUUGGUGCUAGCGGAGGAACUGAUCAUAUUCAUCAAUUGGUAGUAAAGUUCGACUACGACUUGUCGACUUUCGGAUUCCCCACUUAUCAGAUCCUUAAUGAAGUUCAGAACGACUCUACUUUCGAUACAAAUGUCAUUUACCCGUUGUUCCUCGAAGCAAUUUACUGUGAUGGAACUGGAUUGGGAAAGAAGCUGAGUGAAUGGAGUAGCGAUAGAUUAAGAUACGCUACAGAAAACACGAAAUUUGUCUUCAGCGAGGACUCAGACCACGAAGUUUACUUCACCGGCGAAAUGGUCUAUAAGUCGUUGUACGAAGAUUUUGCUGAAUUGAAGAAAUUCAAGGAGCUUGCUUAUGCUCUUCACAACAAUAAAGAAUGGAGCUCCUUGUACGAUGCUAAAAGGUUGUAUGAAACCAAGGUUCCAAUUGUGUCAGCUACUUACGUCUACGACCAAUUUGUUGAUUUCGACUUGACUAGAGCGGUUAAGAAAGAAGUGUUUAAGGGUAAUGGAAACUUGAAGCAGUAUAUCUCCAGUGAAUUCUUUCAUAAUGGGGUUAGAGCGGACGCCGAAAAAGUGUUGGGUUCGUUGUUCGAUCUUCUCGAUUGUGAGAUUGAUUAA